AUGGCGACGCGCAGGCGAAUGCUCCUCAAGGUCAUCAUCCUCGGCGACAGCGGGGUCGGCAAGACCUCGCUGAUGAACCAGUACGUCAACAGCAAGUUCAGUAACCAGUACAAGGCCACCAUCGGCGCGGAUUUCCUCACCAAGGAGGUCCAGAUCGACGACCGCCUCUUCACAUUGCAGAUAUGGGAUACGGCAGGACAGGAGCGGUUUCAAAGUCUUGGUGUGGCAUUUUAUCGGGGAGCUGACUGCUGUGUUCUCGUAUACGACGUGAAUGUUACUAAGUCAUUUGAAAAGCUCAACAACUGGCGUGAGGAAUUCUUAAUUCAAGCUAGCCCAUCAGAUCCAGAGAAUUUCCCAUUUGUUGUGCUUGGGAACAAGAUUGACGUUGAUGGUGGUAACAGCCGGACAGUUUCUGAGAAAAAGGCUAAAGCAUGGUGUGCUUCAAAGGGAAACAUCCCCUACUUUGAGACGUCGGCUAAAGAGGGCUUCAAUGUAGAGGCUGCUUUUGAGUGUAUAGCGAGGAAUGCUGUCAAAAAUGAGCCAGAAGAAGAUAUGUAUCUUCCUGAUACGAUUGAUGUUGGGGGCGCUGGAAGGCAACAACGUUCGUCAGGGCCUUCCUAUCCUGGGACACCUGCCUCUUCUGGGCCCCUGCCGCACCGGAAGCUGUGGGCGAUGGCGCAGGCGCACGGCCCGGUGAUGCUCCUCGGCGGUGGCCCCACGGUGGUGGCCUCGUCGGCGGCCGCGGCACAGGAGGUGAUGAAGACCCGCGACCUGGCGUUCGCGAGCCGCCCCAGGAUACUCAUGGCCGAGCGCCUCGUCUACGGCCGUGACGUGGCCUUCGUCCCCUACGGCGAGCACUGGCGCCAGGGCCGCUGCGUCUGCGUGCUACACCUCCUCAGCCAGCGCCGCGUCACCUCCUUCCGCCACGCCCGGCAGCAGGAGGUCGCCACGAUGCUCGCACGCGUACGCUCCGCCGGACGCGACGGCGCCGUCAACCUCACCGCCCAAAUCAUCUCCUACACCAACGGCAUCAUCUCCAACGCCGCCUACUACGACGGGCCCGAUGGCGGCGAGAAGCUCACGAAGCUGUUCGCCGACUUCGAGGGGCUCCUGGGGACGAUCACCAUGGGGGACUUCGUGCCCUGGCUGGCGUGGGUCGACGCGCUCAUGGGGCUAGACGACAAGGCCACGCGCACGUCCGCGGAGAUGGACGCCUUCCUUGAGCGUUUCAUCGUGGACCACUGCCAGAGGCGCCGUGGCGGCCACCGUGACGGCGAUGAUCACCGGGACUUCAUCGAAGUGCUGUUGGACGUGAACGAGGACGAGGCGGACGGUGGUGGGGCCAAGUUUGACGACGUGGCCAUCAAGGCCAUCAUCCUGGUCUUGUUUGCCGCCGCCACGGACACGACCUACACGACGUUGGUAUGGGCCAUGGCGGAGCUCGUCAACCACCCACAGGAGAUGCUCAGGGUCCAAGACGAGAUCCGCGGGGUCGUCGGCGGCGGGGGCAGCGACGUCGUCACCGAGGACCACCUCGAGAAGCUGCGUUACCUCAAGUGCGUGAUCAAGGAGACGCUCCGACUGCACGCGCCGCUGCCACUGUUGCUGCCCCACGAGACAAUGGAGGACACAGAGCUGCUAGGCUACCACGUUCCGGCGCACACCCGCGUCAUCGUCAACGCCUGGGCGAUCGCACGGGACCCCGCGACGUGGGAGCGCGCCGACGAGUUUGUGCCGGAGCGGUUCGCGGACGACGGCGAGACGGACUACUUGCUUGGACAGGACUUCAGGUUCGUGCCGUUCGGCGCCGGGAUGAGAGGAUGUCCUGGGGUCGGCUUCGCCGCGCCAGCCAUGGAACUGGCUCUGGCGAGCUUACUGUACCACUUUGACUGGGCGCUGCCGGCCGGCGGGGCGUCGAAGGUGGAGAUGGAGGAGCUGAACGGGCUAUCCGUAAGGCUUAAGGCGAUCCUACGUUUGGUUGCUAAGCCAUGGUAUCCUCAAUAA